AUGAAAACAACACAGACUACGGAAUUCAUAGCAGGAAACUACACCUUGGUGACUGAGUUUAUUCUAUUAGGAUUUCCAACUCGCCCUGAACUGCAGAUUGUCCUAUUCCUUGUGUUUCUGACAUUAUAUGGUUUGAUUUUAAUGGGGAACAUUGGAUUGAUGAUGUUAAUCAGGAUCAAUCCACACCUUCAAACCCCUAUGUAUUUUUUCCUUAGCAAUCUAUCCUUUGCAGACCUUUGCUAUUCCUCAGUCACUGUUCCCAAAAUGCUGGUCAAUUUCCUCUCAGUGAACAAAUCUAUUUCCUAUUAUGGUUGCACCCUGCAGUUUUAUUUUUUCUGUACUUUUGCAGACACAGAAUCCUUUAUCUUGGCUGUCAUGGCCUGUGAUUGCUAUGUUGCUAUCUGUAACCCUUUACUCUAUACAGUUGUGAUGUCUCGGAGUAUCUGUAUAUGGCUGAUUGUCUUGUCAUACAUUGGGGACAACAUGAGUUCCCUGGUCCACACAUCUUUUGCUUUUAUUCUGAAAUACUGUGAUAAAAAUGUCAUCAACCACUUUUUCUGUGACCUCCCUCCGCUACUUAAGCUAUCCUGUACAGACACAUCAAUUAAUGAGUUGCUUCUCUCCACAUAUGGCAGCUCAGCAGAAAUUAUCUGUUUCAUCAUCAUCGUCAUCUCCUACUUUUUCAUUCUUCUCUCAAUCUUAAAGAUCCGAUCGUCCAGUGGGAGGAGGAAAACCUUCUCUACGUGUGCCUCUCACCUGACUUCUGUGGUGCUCUAUCAGGGGACACUUCUCUUCAUUUACUCACGGCCUAGCUACCUCUAUUCUCCCAACACGGAUAAAAUUAUCUCAGUGUUCUACACCAUUAUCAUCCCAGUGCUGAAUCCAUUGAUUUAUAGUUUGAGAAAUAAGGAUGUGAAAGAUGCGGCUAAGAAAGCCAUAAAAUUAAAGGUAGCUUCGUUGUGA